CUGGGUGGGGGCUGGGGCGGCGGUAGAGGAGGGUGUGGGAGGAGCGCCCCGAGGCUUCCUCCUGAGGGCUCCGCAGGCCGCGGCGACUGCCUCUUCGGAAGCCUCCGAAGCGGUCGUUGGGAUUUUUUUUUUUAUUUUCCCCCGAAGAAGAAGGAAUCUCCGUCCGUGGCGUCUGCCCGUGCGUGCCCGGCUUCAGCGGAUCUUGGGAUCCCGGCGCCUGAGAAUGGGAAAUGCAACUGAAAACUCAAGGUUCAGCACUUGAGCAGGAUUUGUUGGAAGAAUAUUCCUCUGAUGGGUUAGAAAUGGACUUGGUAACCUUUGAUGAUGUGGCUGUGGACUUCACCCAUGAGGAGUGGACUUUAUUAGACUCAACUCAGAGAAACCUCUAUAGAGAUGUGAUGGUGGAGAACUACAAAAACCUGGCCAUAGUUGGAUAUCAGCUGUUCAAACCCAGCCUUAUUUCUUGGUUGGAAGUGGAAGUGGAACAAUGUGUUCAUCAAGAGUGGGAAGUGGACCUUAAUACCAAAGGGACAGCUCUUCAGGAUAUUUUUUGGUCAGAUACUUCAAAUGGGAUACAACUGGCAAGAAGUCGCAGUGGAGGGGAACUCCGUGAAUAUAACCAGUGCAGCAAAGCCUCCAGUGAUGACUUUCAGCUACACACAGAUACUCAAAAUACAGAGAAUACUUCUGAAUAUAAUCAGUAUGGAAAAGACUUUCUUCUGCCCAGGACAGUCUCCAUAGGAGACACACUUUCAGAAUUAAUUCAGUGUGAAAAAUCCUUCAGCCUGACUGCAGAUGUCCAACAGAGAGAAUGCCCACAAGACAGAGUCUUUCGGAACAAUGACUACAGCCAAACCAAUGUCAGUCAGUCAUACCUUCAGACUCUUGGAAGAAACCACACUGAAGGAAAACUCUCCAAUUGGGAGCGAUAUGGGAAAACUUCUACUCAGCCUAUAAGCCACGUUGUACACAUUCAAACACACAUCGUAAGAAAACCCUACAAAAAUAAGGAAUGUGGAAAAUUAUUCACAUAUCCUUUGUAUAGUAAUAAUAUUAAAAAUCAUACUAGAGAGAAAUCCUGUGAUUGGAAGGAAGAUGGGAAAGCUUUCACUGUGCCCUCAGGUCAAACUGCGCACAUUCAAGAUCAUGCUGGGGAGAAGUCCUAUGAAUGCAAGGAAUGCGGGAAAGCCUUUGGGAAGUCCUCAGGCCUCGCUGAGCAUAUGAGAAGUCACACAGGGGAGAAGCCCUUUCAGUGUGAUGAGUGUGGGAAAGCCUUUACCUCUUCCUCCUAUCUUACUGCACAUUUGAGAACUCACACUGGAGAGAAGCCUUUUGAGUGUAAGAUGUGUGGGAAAGGAUUCACGCGUUCCUGCUACCUUCGCAUUCACACGCGAACUCACACCGGAGAAAAACCCUAUUCGUGUAAGGAGUGUGGGAAAGCAUUCACCGAGCGCUCAGGCCUUAAUCUACACUUACGAACACACACUGGAGAGAAGCCCUAUGAAUGUAAGGAAUGUGGAAAGGCCUUCACGAGUUCUUAUCAACUCGCUGAGCAUAUAAAAACUCACACUGGUGAGAAGCCUUUUGUAUGUGAUGUAUGCACAAAAUCCUUUAGAAAUUCCUCAUGCCUUAAGAAACAUUUUCGAAUUCAUACUGGAGUUAAGCCCUAUCAGUGUAAGGAGUGUGGGAAAGCCUUCGCCGGGCGAACGGGCUUUGCUACACAUGUGCUCACUCACACCGGGGAGAGACCCUACAAGUGCAAGGAGUGUGAGAAAGCCUUCACUACCUCCUCGGGCCUUAUUGAACACAUGAGAAGUCACCUGAGAGAGAAGCCCUUUGAAUGUGAGCAGUGUGGAAAAGCUUUUUCUUCUUCUUCGUAUCUCAUUGUACAUUUGCGAACCCACACUGGAGAGAAGCCCUUUGAGUGUGCAGUGUGUGGGAGAGCCUUCACACGUUCCUCCUACCUUCACAGGCACAUGCGAAUUCACACUGGAGAAAAACCCUAUGAAUGCAAGGACUGCGGGAAAGCCUUCACUGAGCGAUCGUGCCUUAAUGUACACUCACGAACACACACUGGAGAGAGGCCCUACAAAUGUCAGGAAUGUGGAAAAGCCUUCACUACCUUUCCUCGACUGACUGAACAUAUAAAAACUCACACUGGUGAGAAGCCUUUUGAAUGUCAAGUAUGUGCAAAAUCGUUUAGAAAUUCUUCAUGCCUUAAGAAGCACUUUCGAAUUCACACUGGAGUGAAGCCCUAUCAGUGUAAAGAGUGUGGGAAAGCCUUCGCUACAUCCUCACACCUUAUUGAGCAUGCAAGAAGUCACACAGGAGAGAAGCCCUUUGAAUGUGACCAGUGUGGGAAGGCCUUUGUGGCUUCCUCAUCUCUGAAUGUCCACUUGAGAACUCACACUGGGGAAAAGCCCUUUGAGUGUAAGAUGUGUGGGAAAGCAUUUAGGCAUUCCUCCAGUCUUUGCAGUCACAUGCGAACUCACACUGGAGAGAAGCCCUAUGCGUGUAAAGAUUGUGGGAAGGCUUUCACUGAGCGCUCACGCCUUACUAAACACUUACGAACACACUCUGGAAGAAAAUCCUAUGAAUGUAAGGAAUGUGGAAAAAGUUUCAGAUAUUCUGCCAACCUUAAUAUUCAUAUGCGAACCCAUACUGGCGAGAAACCUUAUCAGUGUAAGGAAUGUGGGAAAGCCUUCUCUAGGUUUUACCCCUUAACUCAACAUUUAAAAACUCACACUGGAGAGAAGCCGUUUGAAUGUAAGGUAUGUGGAAAAUGCUUUAGAAAUUCCUCCUGCCUCAAUGAUCACUUCCGAGUUCACACUGGACUAAAACCAUAUAAAUGUAAGGACUGUGGCAAAGCUUUCACUGGGCGCUCUGGCCUUAGUAAACACUUACCAACUCAUACUGGAGAGAAGCCGUAUGAAUGUAAGGAAUGUGGGAAAGCCUUCACUACCUCCUCAGGCCUUAUCAAGCAUACACAAACUCACACAGGCGAGAGACCCUUUGAAUGUUACCAGUGUGGGAAAGCUUUUGCUUCUUCAUCAUCUCUUAUUACACAUUUGAGAAUUCACACUGGAGAGAAGCCCUUUGAGUGUAAAAUAUGCGGGAAAGCAUUUUCAUGUUCUUCUUAUCUUCGUAUUCACAUGCGAACUCACACUGGAGAGAGACCCUAUGUGUGUAAGGAAUGUGGGAGAGCCUUCACGGAGCGCACAUGCCUUACUAAGCAUUUGCGAACACACACUGGGGAGAACCCCUUUGAAUGUAGCAUAUGUGGGAAAGCAUUUGCAUGUUCUUCCUACCUUCAGAAUCACAUGCGAACUCACACCGGAGAGAAACCUUAUAUAUGUAAGGAAUGUGGGAAAGCCUUCACUGUCUCCUCGCAUCUAAGUAAACAUACAAGAAUUCACACUGGAGAGAAACCUCACAAGUGUAAGGAAUGUGGGAAGGCCUUCACUGUGCGCUCAGGCCUUACUAAACAUAUGCGAACUCACACUGGGGAGAAGCCCUAUGAUUGCAAGGAGUGUGGGAAAGCCUUCACUACAUCCUCAGGCCUUAUUGAACAUAUAAGAAUUCACACAGGAGAGAAACCCUUCGAAUGUUACCAGUGUGGGAAAGCCUUUGCCUCUUCCUCCUAUCUUAUCGCACAUUUGAGAAUUCACACGGGAGAGAAGCCCUUCGAGUGUAAUAUGUGUGGGAAAGCGUUCACGUGUUCCUCCUACCUUCAGAAUCACAUGCGAACUCAUACUGGAGAGAAACCGUAUGUUUGUAAGGAAUGUGGGAGAGCCUUCACUGUUUACUCACACCUAAGUAAACAUGUAAGAAUUCACAGUGGAGAGAAAUCCAAGAAAUGUAAGGAAUGUGGGGAAACUUUCAGUAGUUCUUCUCAUCUUACUGAACAUACACAAACACACUGGAGGGAAAACCUUUGGAGGUAAGGAAUGAAGAAACUUUUAGGAAGUUCUCAGACCUUAGCACAUUCAAGUUUGCACUGAUAAGAGAUGGCCCUCUUCAAAGACCUGAACAAACUCACUCUGACGAUGUCCCUUGAAUUUUAGGAAUAUGGGAGAGCUGUUGGAAACUGCUCACAUCCAAUGUAGGGAUGCAUCUGGAAGCCAUACAGUGUCCAAAACAUGGACAGCCUUCACAGUCCUUGGGUUCUUACAAACAUGUGAGAUCUUGUAAUGGAGAGAAACCCUAAUUAUGUAAGAUGAGGAAAAGUUGUAGUCCUAAAUAUUUUCAUGUUCACUUGGGAUCUCAUGGUAGAGAAAGGUUUCAUGAAAGUAAGAAAUGUUGGAAUAUCACCUUAAAAUUACAUUGUCCCUCACCCUUUAAUAAACAUAAGGUUAUUCAUACUUACUGAGAAACUGCAUGUAUGGGAUGUGAAAAUUGCUUCCCUCUGUUCUAAAAUGUUUGGCUUUUUUGGUUUUAUGGAUUUUUUUGAACAUUUGAAGUUUGAAUAUUUGAAGAAUUUUUAAAUAUUUGUGUAUUUUUAAACUCAGUUCUAUCUGAUUUCUACUGCAGUCUUAAUUUUUCUCUCAUCUUUAUUGAGGUAUGAUUGACAACUAAAUUUAUAUUUAAGGUGUACAUCCUGGUGGUGAUACAUGUAUGCAUUGUGAGAUGAUUAUUCUAGUGAAGCAGAUUAGAAUACUCCUUACCUGGCAUAAUGACCUUUUAUUUUUGGUGUUUUGGAAAUUUUCUUAUGUCUUAGAAGAUUUUAAGUAUAUAGUAUCUUAUUAAAGUCACCAUGCUGUAUAGGUCUCAACUUACUCAUCUUUCACUGAAAGUUUCACCAAUAUCUCUUUGUUUUCCCCAUCCCACAAUCCCUGGAAACCACUAUUCUGUUCUGCGCGUCUAUGAAUUUGAGAUUUUUAGAUACCACAUAUUAAGUGUGGCCAUACAAUAUUUGUUUUUGCGUCUGGCUUCACAUAGCAUAAUACAUCCAGGAUCAACCCUGUUGUGACAAAUGGCAGAAAUUUCUUCUAUAUUUAAGGCUUAAUAUUUCAUUAUACACACACACAAACACCAUGUUUUCUUUAUUCUUCUGUCAAGAGACACUUAGGUUCUACUCUUACCAUGAAUGGUAUUAGUAUUGCUCCUUUGGAUAUAAGGGUGCAUAUAUCUAGUCAUUUUAUUCCUUGGAUAUAUACACAGAAUUGUGUCUGCUGGAUCAUAUGGUUCUAUUCUUUGAAGGAUUUAUUUAAUGUAUUUAUUUUGAGAGGUAGAGUUACAGACAGAGAAGGAGAGACAGAGAGAAAGGUCUUCCACAUACUGGUUCACCCCUCAAAUGGCUGCAAUGGCCAGAGUUGGGCCAUUCUGAAGCCAGGAGCUUCUUCCAGGUCACCCACAUGGGCUCAGGGGUCCAAAUACUUGGAUCAUUUUCUGCUGCUUUCCCAGGCCAUAGUAGAGAGCUGGAUCAGAAAAGGAGCAGCCAGGAUUGGAACCGGCACCCAUAUGGGAUGCUGGCACUGCAGGUGACAGCUUCACCCACUAUACCAUGGCACCAACCCCAGUUGUUCUAUUUUUAAUUUAUUAGGAUCCUUUAUACUCAUUUCCUGAUGACUCUGCCCAUCUUCAUUCCCGCCAGCAGUGCAAACUAACACUUGAUUAUCUUUUGAUGUUUUUGAUAAGAGCCAUGCAAAUGUGACGUGAUCAUUUUGAUUUUCAUUUCCUUGAUGACAGUGAUUUUGAGCAUCUAUAAAUAUUUGCUGACCAUUUGUAUAUCUUCUUUGGAAAAAUAUAUAUCCAGGUGUUUUUCCCCUUUUAAAAUUAUUAUUUUUGCUAUUGAGCUAUAUGAAUUCUUUAUAUGUUGGAUGUUUAUCCAUAAUUGGGUAUGUAGUUAAAAAAUAUUUUCUUCUUUUCCAUACAUUCCUUUUCCAGUUUGUUGUUGUUUCCUUCACUAUGAAAAAAAGUUUUUAGCUUGAUAUAGUCCUGUUUGUUUUUGCUUACAUUGAAUUCUUUCCAUGUCAACUCCAAAAAUGUUGUUACCAAGACCAUUGUCAACAUACUUUUUCACUAAUUUUCUUUUUUAGGGUUUUUAUGUUUGUUUUUUUUUUUUUUUUUUUUUUUUUUUUUUUUUUUUGACAGGCAGAGUGGACAGUGAGAGAGAGAGACAGAAAGGUCUUCCUUUGCCAUUGGUUCACCCUCUGAUGGCCGCCACGGCUGGCGCGCUGCGGCUGGUGCACUGCGCUGUUCCAAAGGCAGGAGCCAGGUGCUUCUCCUGGUCUCCCAUGGGGUACAGGGCCCAAGAACUUGAGCCAUCCUCCACUGCACUCCCGGGCCAUAGCAGAGAGCUGGCCUGGAAGAGGGGCAACCAGGACAGAAUCCGGCGCCCCGACCGGCACUAGAACCCAGUGUGCCAGCGCUGCUAGGCGGAGGAUUAGCCUGUUGAGCCACGGCGCCAGCCCGGGAUUUUUAUGGUUUUAAAGCCUUAGAUUUUCAUCUUUAACCCAUUUUGAAUUGAGCUUUGUGUAUGGUGUGAGGUAGUGAUCCAAUUGCAUUGUUUGAAUGUAUCUGUCUAGUUUUUUCAAUAUAAUUUAUUGAGUAUCUUUUACACAUUGUGUAUUCUUGGCACAUGUGGGCUUUCUGAUGUGUUCCAUUGGUGUGUCUGUCUGGUUUUGUGCCAGUAUCAUAUUUAUUUGAUUGAAAUCAGGAUGUGUAAUACUUCCAAUUGUGUUUUUGCUCAGAAUUCUUUUGCCUUUUCUGAGUCUUUUGUGGUUCUGUAUGCAUUUUAGAAGUUUCAAAAAUAAUGUAACAAAUGCCAUUGAUAUCUUAAAAGGGAUGGCAGUAAGUAGGUUGCUUUGGGUGGUAUGGGCAUUUUCUCAAUAUUAUUUCAUCAAUCAAAUAGGAUAGCAUCCCUUGUAAUAGUUUCUUAUUUAAUUUUUUCUGACUUUACCUUCAAGUUAUCAAUCUUUUAUUUCCCUGGUUAAAUUUAUUCCUAACUAUUAUAUCAUUUUUAUGCUAUAUUAAAUGGGAUGUUUCCCUAAUAUUUCACUGCUAGUGUAUAGAAACACUACUGAUUUUUGUAUGUUGACUUGGAUACUUCCCUGGAUUCAUCUGUUCCUGUUUUUAAAUGGAUCAUUACAGUUUUCUAUAUUCAAGACCAUGUCAUCGCCGGCGCCGUAGCUUAACAGGCUAAUCCUCCACCUUGCGGCACCGGCACACCGGGUUCUAGUCCUGGUUGGGGCACUGGAGUCUGUCCUGGUUGUCCCUCUUCCAGGCCAGCUCUCUGCUAUGGCCCGGGAGGGCAGUGGAGGAUGGCCCAAGUGCUUGGGCCCUGCACCCGCAUGGGAGUCCAGGAGAGGCACCUGGCUCCUGGCUUCGGAUCAGCGAGAUGUGCCGGCUGCAGCAGCCAUUGGAGGGUGAACCAACAGCAAAAAAGAAGACUUUUCUCUCUGUCUCUCUCUCUCUCUCACUAUCCACUCUGCCUGUCAAAAAAACAAAAAAACAAAAAACAAAAAAAAAGACCAUGUCAUCUGCAAAAAAAAAAAAAAUGCAGUUUAUUUCUUUCCCUUUUGCAUGCUUUUUAUUUCUUCUUGCUUAGUUGCUCUGGGUAGGACUUGCAUGGUGAAUAGAAGUGGCAAGGAUCGGUACUCUUGUCUUUCUCUUGCUGUUAAAGAAAAAGCUAUAGGUUAUCCUUGUUCAUUAUGCUGUUGGCUGUGGUCUUGUCAUAUGUGGCCAUUAUUGUGUUAUAAUACAUUUGUUCUAUGCAUAAUAUGUUGGGAGCUGGUAUCAUGAAAGGAUGUUGAAUGCUUCUUCUGCAUUUUUACCAAUGUAAUUUUCUCUUCAUUUUGUUAAUGUGUGUGAUAUUUAUUGAUUUGCUUAUGUUGAACCAUCUUUGCAUCCCAGAUAUAGGUCCCACUUGUGUGUGGUACUUUUAAUUAAUUUAAAUGUGAAUGGGCUAAAUUUGCCCAUCAACAUAGAAUGGCUGAUUGCCUUUAGAAGAAAUGACACAUUUUAUGCAGCCUAUGAGAGAUUUCAUUUUUAGGAAUGUAAGUAGACUGAAAAGAAGGGAUGGGAAAGAUGUUUCUUAUAAAUGGAAUCUGAAGAGAAUAGGAAUACCCAUGUAUGUUUCAGACAAAAGGCAUGUUUAAGUCAAGAACUAUGUCAAGAGAAAAGGAGAUCAUGAUGAAAAAAAUGGGAACUUCAUGAAGAAGAAAUAAUUGCUGAACAUAUGUAUACACCUAAUAACAAAGCACCUGAGUAUAGAAGGCAAAAAUCAACAGCUCUGAAUCAAGAAAUAUAACAAUAGUAGGGGCUUCAAUAUCCCACUUUCAACAGUGGAUAGAUCAUGUAGGCUGAAAAUAAAACACUGGACCUGAAUAACACCUUAUACCAAAUAGACCUUACAGAUCUAUACAGAACAUUCCAUUUAAAAGCAACAGAAUAUACAUUCUAUUCUAUAGCAUAGAGAACACUCCAGGAUAGAUGAUAUGUAAGACAUUAUACAAGUUUCACAUUUUCUCACUUGUCCUUUAUCUGGACCAGGAUUCAGUUUAUAAUCUCAAGUUGCAUUAAUUUUGAUAUUGUAAAAAUCCACACUACCAAUAAUUAAUGAUUGCAAAUCACUAUAUAUGUAAUUACUGAUGCUUGUAUUUAAUUCAGUGGUCUAAUUUUAAUGCUUUCCAUUUUUAUCAUUUUUUAAUGGGUCAUGUUUUUCCUCAUUAAAUUCUUAAAGUCUGGGACUUAUGUACUUCAUUACUUUAAGACUUUUCUGCUUUAAAAGUCUUAAUACCUUUGCUUUAUCAUAAAAUGUACAUUUUGAACACAGUCAUUUCUGUGACCAAGAUCCUGGCAGACACACUAGCUGAGGGACUUACAGACUGAUGUGAAAUCACACAAGUUUAAACUACAGGCCCACAGACUGGUGGACACAGCCUCUAGCAACCACCUGAUAAACAGGUACACAAUGAUGAAUAGGACUGAUUCCUGGACCCAGACAUUGAAAAUGGUCCAGGGACACGUUGUGACAGAUAAAAAAUCGUUCCACAUUCUUUGCAGCUCUUCUCAUUGAGGUGUAGCCCAUAUCUCUCCCUUUAUUUCUUGAUCAGUCUUUUGACUGGGAGGUGUGUUCAGCCUGGUGGCUAAGAUGCUGAUUAAGAUGUCCUGAAAGGCAGUGGUGAUGGCUCAAAUAAGUCAUUGGGUUUCUACCACUCAUGAGGAGGACCUGGAUUCACCCCAAGCUAUUGUGGGCAUCUGAGGAGUGUGCCAGUGGUAGGGAACUCUCAGUCACUGUGCCUCAUAAAUAAAAGUUACACAUACACAUAUGUGUUUUAGAAAACCAUUUGACAUUGCUACUGAGUUUGAACAUAGGUAUUCCUUGUUCUACAAAAUAUGUAGACAUCAAGAUAAAAGUCCUAGAUUGCCCUGAGCUGAUUUGAAAUACCAUUUGGGGAAAGAGCCUGAAUUUCCCUGAGCUGAAAAGAUAAAUGCCCUUCUAUAAAGAAAAAUGAUAGUUUGCUAGUUGUAGUAGCUUCCCAUUCUUGGCACAAGGUGAAUUAACACAAAUAUAUUACCUCACAGUUUCCAUUGGCUGGAAUUGUAAGUAUGGUUUAGCCUAAGUUAUGCUCGGGAUCUCCUAAGAUGAAAGUGUGUUGUCCACUAUACAUGCUAAUCUGGAGGCUACAAUGUUUUAGGGUACGCUUGCAAUCUCCAUCAGAUAGGUGGACGAGCUUAUUUCCUGUGGCUGUGGAACUCUUGGAAGUUUCUUUUGUUCCAGAGAGCAAAAAGAUAAUAUAUGCUGCUGUUAGCCUUUGACCCUGUUUGAAGAGACUUGUGUAAUUUGUUCAGGUGAAUCUGUUUACAGAGCUCUCUAGACUAUAAAUAAACCCAGUGAUUUUUCUGGAGAUUGCCUUGCUUGAAUAACAUACAGUCUGAAUGGGACUGGAAUUUGAUCUGCCUGCUUUUUUGCCCAUAAUGUAACAACUACAAAAC